UCUCUGAAAAAUUCAUAGGACCAUUCGUCGUCACUCGUUAGCGUCCCCCCCCACUCGCGUUCCAUCGUGACAUCGUCGACCCCCACGGACUCCGCCUCCCGUCGAAACUUUAAUCUCCCCUUAUAAUCCGAUCGGGAAACCCUAGUUUCCGUUCCGUUUUUUCGCAAUUCGGCCGAGAUCAGUUCUUGCGAGAAAGAAAUCUUGUCGUUCUUCCCCUAUUGAUUCGGAGAAGAGAGAGGAGAAAAGAGGGCGAAGCCAAGAAGAUGUCGGGAUCGAGCUCCUGGUCACGGGCAUUGGUGCUGAUCUCCCCGUAUACCUUUUCGGCAGUCGGCAUCGCCAUCUCCAUCGGCGUCUCCGUCCUUGGGGCGGCCUGGGGAAUACAUAUAACGGGAAGCAGCUUGAUUGGUGCAGCGAUCAAGGCUCCUAGAAUCACCUCCAAGAAUCUCAUCAGUGUUAUUUUUUGUGAGGCUGUUGCAAUAUACGGUGUUAUUGUUGCGAUCAUUCUACAAACUAAAUUGGAAAGUGUGCCAGAAUCUAAAAAAUACGCUCCAGAGUCUCUUAGAGCUGGUUUUGCAAUCUUUGCUUCUGGGAUCAUUGUGGGCUUUGCAAAUCUAGUUUGUGGGCUUUGUGUGGGAAUUAUUGGAAGCAGCUGUGCACUAUCUGAUGCUCAGAACUCAUCACUCUUUGUAAAGAUUUUGGUGAUUGAAAUUUUUGGCAGUGCUCUUGGAUUGUUUGGAGUCAUCGUAGGAAUAAUUAUGUCAUCUCAAGCAACGUGGCCUGCAAAGACGGCGUGAACCUGCUGUCAUCAGAAAUAGGCAUGCCUUUACUUGUCAUUUCACUGGAAAGGUGCGGCAUGUAUAUUUUAUCUCAGUCUUCUAGAGGCUAGAAUUAGCAUGACCAUUCUGUCAUAAUCAUGAUUAUGUAAUAUUUCAUUUGGUGCUUCUUAAGGAGCAUCUUGCUGAAAUUUUGUUUUUGUUUUCCAAUAAUAAGUGGAUCCUGCCAUUCCUUUAAGGAUCUCAGUUGUUGCUGAAUGAAUUCCUUUGGGAUACCCAUCAACUGCUUAUGGUUUGGAGAA